AUGGACCCAGAGGAAGUCCGACGUGGACGUCGAAAUGCAGCAAUAAAUAUACUGGUGCAUUACUAUAACACGCAUGUGGACCGUGAGCCCUGUUACACAUCAUCUCAGAUUGGAGACAAAUGGAUGGGAGAAAUGAUUUCAGGACAUCCAGCGAGAUUUCAAAACAUAUUCCGCAUGUCCCAGCGUGUUUUCAGUGAUCUGUUAUUAGAUCUGCGAACAUCUCAUGGACUUCACGGAUCUUCUAGGACAACAGACCGUGAAGUAUUGGGCAUAACACUUUACAUUUUAUCACAGAACGAGUCAAUGCGGGGAGCCAUGGAACGAUUCCAACACUCAUCUGAAACAAUAAGCGGGUAUUUCUCAGUGGGUUUGACUUCCCUCGUCAGUUUAGCGCAAGCUAUAAUAAAACCCGAAGAUCCAAUAUUUGUCAGAACGCCAGCACAGAUUCGCAACAAUGCCCGAUACAUGCCACAUUUCAAGGGUUGCAUUGGCGCAAUCGAUGGAACGCAUGUUCAUGCCAGGGUACCGGAAAAUGAGAAAGUUGCAUUUAUCGGCCGUUCCGAGAGCACAACUCAAAAUAUUAUGGCAGUUUGUGAUUUCAACAUGUGUUUCACAUUUGCAAUGGCUGGAUGGGAGGGCAGCGUAUAUGAUAGUAGAAUCUUCAAAAUUGCAACGAGAAAUCCGGAGUACAAUUUUCCUCACCCACCACAGGGUUAG